CACAUGUGCAGCCGAGCCAAAAGGCGCGCGUGUGACGGCAUGUUAUAACGCGUAUAAACGACACGCGUACUACCUUUGUUCUUUCCGAAAGAAAGCAGAAGAGCCGGUCCGUUUACAGGGAGACGCUUAGGAAGCGCAGCGACCAUGUCGGCUUCGAGCUCCGCCUCUCCGAAACAGCUUCACGGCGUGCCCGACAACCUGCUCUACGUAUUCGUUAUCAGCCGGCACGGCCAGCGAACUCCCAUUGCGCGCUGCCAGAACCUGCCAAAGAAAGAACCCGUCGACUACGGCCAACUCACCGCGAAGGGUCGAGAACAGACCUUCAAGCUGGGCCAGUACCUGCGGGACCGCUACGAUGCGUUCCUGCGGGGCUCCGACUCGCCUGGUCAUGUACUGGCCACACACGUCUCCCUGGACCGGUGCCGGGACAGUGUGAAAGAGACUGUGCGCGGCCUGGGAGUUCCCGCGGCCCCGAUCAGCACCGACCCGACGCGAUAUGAUGUGCCCUUUUUAGGCAGCGUCAACGACAACACGGACAGGGCGCUCGAGGGACCCGGUCGGGGCAAGUUCAAGACCCUGGGAGACCUGAUACACUUCGUCGCCGAGAAGACGGGGGCACCGUGGCGCAACAACACCGACAAGUUCCUCGUCAUGGACAGCCUGGUGACUUACGUGCUCAACGGUAACCCCGUGCCCGGACUGGGCCAAGUCCAUGUGGGAGGACUUGCUGUGGGCCGACCAGACGGUGUUCGCGCAGAUACUCGUUGGUUACGAGCGACCGUUCGCGGCCUACAUUCUGGGACACGUGCUGGACGCCCUCGCGGAGAAGUUCGAGGAGCGCGUCAAAGGGCCCGACAGGAUGCACGUCUUCUCCAUGUCCGACACUAGCCUGUUUUCGGUGCUCAAGCUUCUGAACGAGUCGCACGACGUUCGACCGUGCUUCUGUGCCAGCAUCCUGAUUGAGGUGUACAAGGAUGGCAACGUGAACCGCGUCCGAGUGUUGUACCGCGCCGAGGAUGAACCUUGUCUAGUUCCCACGAACAAGGUCGAGAACCCGUGCGAACUGAGCGAAUUUCUCGAAUUCUUGCGCGGCAUUCUAAAUACGCCUUAGCUGCCA